AAUGACAAAGUUUGAGUUGGACUUCUAACAUAAAAUCUUGGUGGACACGUAUAUUUGGUCUUUUAUAGAACUCACCACUUUCAAUAAGAACACCGAUCAAAUCCGAUCCAGAAAAUGGAAAUACAACUGGUUGAGAUGUGCAUGGAAUCGGCGACGCAGAGCCGUGACGCCGUCGAAGCGUGGCGGAGACAGCGGCGGACACUGGAAAGCAUGCCAUCUCACCUCGCCGAAGCUCUCAUUCACCGCCUUCUUCGCCGCCGUCUCCUCUUCCCCUCUUUGCUCGAAGUGUUUAAAUUUUGUGUCGAGGAGAUCGACUUAAGGGGGGAGAGCUGUGUGGAUGCAGAAUGGAUGGCAUAUAUAGGUGCUUUUGAUCACUUGCGCUCUCUAAAUUUAUCAGAUUGUAACAAAAUUAACAAUUCAGCCAUUUGGGCUAUUACAGGAAUGACAAACUUAAAGGAGCUUGACCUCUCCAGGUGCUCAAAGAUCACUGACGGUGGAAUUAGACAUCUAACAUCCAUCCCAAAUUUGGAAAAGUUGUGGAUUCCAGAAACAGGUGUCACAAAUGAUGGUGUGAUACUCCUGUCUUCAUUAACUAAGUUAUCUGUGUUAGAUUUGGGAGGCCUGCCUGUGUCUGAUUCGGCUUUGGAUAAUCUUAAGGUUCUCCAAAAGCUGCAACAUUUGGAUCUUUGGGGGAGUGAAGUAUCAAACAAAGGAGCAUCUUAUCUUAAAUGGUUCCCAAGAUUGAGUUCUCUGAAUUUGGCCUGGACCAAGGUCACUAUGUUGCCAAGUCUGCCUUCUCUUGCAUGCCUAAAUAUGAGCAAUUGCACGAUACAUUCUUCAUUCGAAGGAGAAGGACGGAAAGCUCCCCUUGCAAAGCUUAUUCUGUCUGGAUCAACCAUAAGAGAUGUCUCUGAAGCUUUCCAACACCUUGAAACCUCUUCCCUCUCUCUCCUGGAUCUUUCCAAUUCAUCUCUUAAUUCUUACUGCUUUUUGCCGUAUAUGAGUGCUAUAUCAGAUUUAGAUCUCAGGGGUACAUCUGCAGGAGAUGAGUCAGUUGAACACAUUGCAUUUAUAGGUCAAAAUUUACGCCAUCUAAAUCUCAGCAGGACAAAAUUAAGCAAUGCAGGACUGGAAAUCUUAGCUGGUUUUGUUCCCAAGCUUGAAACUUUAUUAUUAUCUUACACAGCCAUUGACGAUUAUGCUAUCCCCUUCAUGAGCACCAUGCCUUUGUUAAAAAGUAUCAAUCUAAGUGGUACAAAUAUCAGAGGUAUGGUCAACGAGGUGGAUUCUGAUCCUAAUUGCAUUUCAUCGCUGUCUGGGUUAUGUAAUCUUGAUCAUUUGGAGAGAUUGGAUUUGGAGGAGACUCGAAUCAAGGAUUCAGCUUUGGCUCCUUUGCCGAGCUUUCGUAAAUUGAGCUAUUUAUUUUUACGGAGUGGUUCCCUUACUGAUACCUCUUUGCAUCAAUUGUCAUCUAUUAGAAGCUUGGUAACACUAGGGAUUCGUGACGGCGUGCUCACUAAUGCUGGGCUCAUCGUAUUCAACCCUCCACCAUCUAUGACGAUUCUUGAUAUCAGGGGGUGUUGGCUGUUGACAGAGGAUGCACUGUUGUCAUUUCAGCAAAAGCAUCGCCAAGUUGAAGUAAGGCAUGAUCUUCUUAGUAUUGCAUUGGUCAAAAGGUUAUCUAUUCACUCAUCUUUGUCCCAAGUGACCACCUCACGGACCAAAUUACACAAACAUAAGCAGGGAGGGCCAUCUGCAUCUCCCCUUAGAUCUAACAGAGACAGUUUCCUUGAUCAAAGACUGAAGUACACCAGAGAAGAACUAUUUGCACUGAGGUCCGCGUCUGCCCCUAAUUCCAGGGAUAAUGUUGAUCUGAUACCUCAUGAGCUUAGAGUGACUCAGGAUGGUAAAUAGUACAAGCCCAGGCCAUGUUAGGGCUGUCGUAACGUUCCACUGGCUUGUUGUCUCAGUUACGUGGCAUGUGCUUCUGCCCAAUGACCUUACAAAAUUGUCAGAGUGCUUUUUGAUGCAAGUUGCGGAACUUCUGAUCUGGCAAAGCUCAGUUAAGCAGCAAUAUUUACACAUCCUGCUGCUUCGUGGAUUCGUAUAAGAUUUUAUAUUGACUCAAAUUACCAACAGUUUUGAAACACACAAGGAACAAGAUUUCUUAGGAGAAGUGCUAUCCCAAGCAACUCAGGACUGGAUUUGUUGGAUAAUCGCCAAGUUUUUUGUAAAGUUGUGUGUGUGUAGUUAUGAUUCUGGUCAUUUUUGUAGCCUUUCAUUGUAUUUUACGUGUUGUGGUCAUUCUGGGAACGUUAUUUAUAAUGUGUACAAACCUUGAAGUAUCAUUUUUGAGAUAUGGAUCACAAAUUUACAUAA